AUGAAAACGAGCGAACAAGUGGAAAGAGGGGUCUGUUCAUACUGCGAAGAGCUCUUGUUCGCCAAGAAUAAAGCGGAGAGAGAGGCGCUGGCGCAUCCACUGCUGGGUUCGCGUUGGUCGCAGGUUUGGUUGUGCUUGCGAUGCCGAAAAACCGUGCAGCAGCUCCGAUCGCGUGGUGCUCGUUCGUCACCGGGAAAACGGGAACGCAACGGCAGACCGUUGCCUGCAACUGAAGUUCGCUGUGCUGUCUGUGCAGACAGUGGUAGGCGUCAGUUAUGCUGUCAGCGCUGUGGUGCUACGUUCUGUAAUCGCUGCUUCGGUUGCACGCUGGGCGACUGGCGUACUCCUCCGUGCGCUCUCGGUAGCGAAGGCCUGCGAAUUGUGCAGCGUUUGAACGCGAUUCUUUGGAAAAAGGGAGUGGAACCGCUCGAUGAGCGUGUUUCCUUGCUACCAGCACCAGCCUGGAUGUGCCCCCUCUGUUGUCGUGAGCAGGGUUUGAGGCUGGCUUUUGAAAGCUGGCUCAAGGACCUGCCGGAAGCACCACAACGCGGACGACUAGCGGAAUGGACGACUUUCCGAGAGCGAUACGAUUAUCGCAGCUGGAACCCGUGGUGGCUGUGGUGCGGCUCGCUCAAGCUGCCUCAGGUUUGGACCCAGUGCAGCGCGGGGAGCAAGCUGACUCAGCUUUUCGACGCGGCCUUUUCUGGCGACUGGAAGCGCGUCCAGACAGUGCAUGAAGACUAUGGAAAGCUUUUAACCGCAUUGGAAGAGCUGCAUAUGGCGUCUGGCGGAGCUUUCCCGAGUCGGCAGCAGCGGUUCCGCCACAUGCGAAGGGGCAUGGCGGAGCCGCUCCGGCUAAACGCGCGUGCACAGGAACUGCUCGAACGGUACCCGACAGGGCCUACUGAGUCAGACGCUUUACAGCUUGAUUGCACCGAACACGAUUCAGGCUUGGUGCAUGACUGGUAUCGAGUCUACUCCAUAUUGUGUAUCGCGAUUCGAGAGCUGCUCGUGGCGGUUGCGUGGUCGCGGUUAGUCUGCGCAUCGGUGGUGCCGGAGUUGUGGUUGCCGGUCCAGCGCCACGUUCUUGAAGCGCUUCCCUUCAGAUGGGAUGAUCUCUGGAGUCGACACGGGACGAUAUGUUUCCGCUGCGGACGUCCAGGCGGCAGCGGAGAGCUGCUCCACCGCUGCGAUAUUCCCGGCUGCGGCAAAGUCUACCAUGCCUCGUGCGUCAGUUGUCUCUCGCGGGCACCCUAUUUCACGAACGGCUCUGAUUUGACGGAACGACGACACUGGUAUUGCCCCUGGCAUUUCGACCGAUCUACCGGAUGGUACCUGCCCAGCGAGCCCUAUCCGAGCGACUUUAUCAGCUUGCUGGAAGCGCAUGCGUCAGCGCUUCCGUCCGAUACGCUCGAACGUAUCCCGUGGCUGGGUGUCGUUCCACGGAGCGAUGGCUGGCGGUUACCCGCUGACGAGUCGGCAGCCUCGGAGCACGCGGCAGUGGAUCGAUCGACAGAUGGGCACAGUUCGGGCACCUUGACGACCACGCAAGUGCCGCCUUUUCGAGCGGUUCAGUGUCGCACGUGCCCGUUCAGUUGCUCGAUUCCCAACCAAGCAGGUUGGCCAGAAGACCAUUCCGAAUGGUACGUAUGGGAUGCAGGUAUCAUAAGCUGCUGCUCGUGUAGCGUUUGGCUGGAACCUCCCCAAGGUCAAGAUCCGACGGAGCUAGCGUGCGUCGCAGCUACCUGGAAAGAUGCAGGUGCUUCGACGCGUGUCCAGCGGGCGACACAACGACACGAUAAGCGACAGCGCCUCGCAACAGCACCAAGUCCGGCAUCCAGGCAUUCGGUAGCGCCGAGCGCCCCAUCCGCAGCAACCUUUGCAAAGAUGAUUCGCCAGGCCGCUCACGAGGGCGCAGCGCGCAUCCAGGAAGCGAAAGCGCGUGGUGAUGUCCCUCUUGUCCAGGGACGCAGCGGGGAGUACAUCGACGCCCUCGAGUAUGUUCGAGCGGAAUACGAGAAAUACGAAAAAGGAAAUACAGGUGCCGUCGUUGGAAUCAUGGCGGCGCUGAAAAGCGCAAAUGGAAAGCCGGUCACGUUCUCGGAAUUGACGCUUGAACUCUUACGCAGAGGCUGGUUCGUCACCACAGGCAAAACGCCGCAAAUGACAAUAGCUGCGUUCUUCAGUACCAGACGCCAACGAUUGAUGGAGCAGGGCCAGACAUGCACAUGGUUCGAGUGGCUCGGCAGUGCACGCGUACGCUGGUGUCUUGACACGCCUGCCGCGGCCGUCGACGACGAGUCAAGCGCAGCGCCUGCUGACUCCGCUAAUACGUGA